AUAGAAUUACCCAGAGGGCCGGACCCGGCCCCCGGGCCUUGACUUUGACACGCUUAUUUUAAAUCAUUUCCUUUUUGCUUUGUUUGUGUGUUUUUGUGUCUUAAAAACAUAACGCCCUCAUGCAUGUUUGCAUUCACACAUGUUUAUAUGUUAUGGUUUUGACGCAUGUUAUUCUGCAAAUUAAUUCACUAACAAAAAUAAAAGGUUUUGUCUGCUAAAAGGCUGCGAAGUAAACGUAAAGACAAAGCAAAAUAAACAACAAUAAACCGCAGUUUUCCUAGAAAAUCUGAAUCUUUCGCACAAAUUUCACCCAAAAAUUAUUAGAAAAUAGUGGAAUUUGGUUGCAAUCGCAGCCCUCACGGCGACGGUCUUUUGAAGUCCACCUCUUUGGAUCUUUAUUUUUUUAAUACCUGGAAACUGUUUACGUGGUUUCAUAUCAAAGCCAAAACGCCGUUCGUGGCUCCAGAUCCAUCAGUCCGACAUUAAAAAAUUCAUGCAGUAUUGAUGGCGGUUCAGGGCAGUCGGGGCUCCGGGCCGCUCUCCGCAGCCUUGAUCAGUGCCAAUAGGAAAUGGCUGAGGAUUAGGCCCGCAGGCUGUUUGAAGCCCUGAGCUUCUGCCUUCCGUGAACCGUGGAGGGAUCAUGUUUUAUUCUGCAAGGCUUCCAAUCUCACAGUAUAAAGCAAAGUUCUCUCUGUUUGAGUCUCCUCGGUUUGGAAAAGUUGUUAAAAAUGCUGAAAUAUUUUUGCAAAGAGAAAUUCUGCAGGAAAAGACAAACAGACGACAUUGAUGAUGAAAGAGGGGAUUCACUAGAAUGAAUGUUCUACUUUCUUCUGGGAUCAAGGUGAGCGGCAUGUCUGAUGAAGAGGAAGUGGUCGUGGAGAUCCUGGAGGAGGAAGAAGCUGCUCCACAAAUAGAAGAGCCUCCGUCCUCUGCAGCUGAAGAAACAGUCGAAGAACUUGUGGAAGAAGUAGUUGAAGAACUGGUGGAGGAGUCGGCUGAAGAACCAGCAGCCGAACCUGCAGAAGACGGAACUCCGGCUGCAGAUGAAGAUGAAUCCAAACCCAAACCAAAGGCUUUCGCUCCAUCUAUAACUGUGCCAAAGAUCCCCGAGGGAGAGAAGGUUGAUUUUGAUGACAUCCACAGGAAGCGGCAGGAGAAGGAUUUCUCUGAGCUGCAGUCCCUCAUCGAGGCCCACUUCAUCCAGAGGAAGAAGGACGAGGAGGAGCUCAUAGCUCUCGUUAACAGGAUUGAGAAGCGGCGUGCCGAGAGGGCCGAGCAGCUGAGGAUCCGCACCGAGCAGGAGAAGGAGCGGCAGGCUCGCCUCGCGGAGGAAAAGGAGAGGAAAGAGCAGGAAGAAGCUCGGAAGAAGCAGGACGAGGAGGCCAAGAAGAAGAAGGCUCUGACUAACAGAACCCAGCAGUACGGUGGCGUUCAGCAGCGGCAAGAUGGAAAGCGAGGAGCAAAGAAGCAGACAGAGCGAGAGAAGAAGAGGAAGAUCUUGGCUGAGAGGAAGAAACCUCUCAACAUCGAACAUCUCAAUGAGGACAAACUGAAGGAUAAGGCUGGUGAGUUGUGGCAGUGGCUGUGGGCGCUGGAGGCAGAGAAGUUUGACCUGACGGAGAAACUGAAGAGACAGAAGUACGAUAUCAACCUGCUGCAGGCUCGUGUUCAGGCCACCCAGAGCGCCAAAGGACGAGGGAAGGCCAAAGGCAGGGUGAGAUAGACGGCGGCGCUGAGCGGAGAUGGUGGCGCCCGAGCGGGAUCCUCCUCUAAACUUUAACUUAAGACACCGAAUUUUAACCAAAAUAAACCGUUUCUGAACUCC